GUUCUCUUUCUGAAGGUUGACAGCUUAUAGAUGGCGUCAAAAUACUACACAAAUUUUAGACAGGAUGAUUCAGGAAUGAACAAGCGCCAUUUUCGAGAGAUUGAGAUCCCUGUUGAAAAGUUAAAACGCAAAGCAGAUGAUGAAGAGGAAGGCCAUUUGACAAAGACAACUGUAAACUCUAUCAAAAUGAGCAAGCAGAAAAGAUUAGCCGUUCUGAACAAUGUAAAGCAAGACGAGGCUAAGCUUGAUCCAAAUAUAGUUGGAUUUGAAUCCAGCCAUAGUAGCGAUGAAGAUGAUAGUAACGAAGAGGAGGAAAGUGAAGCACAGGUUCCUGCUUCUAAUGUUGUGAUAAAUGAAAAGAAAGAUAAACGUAUCACGAAAGAAUCUAAAAAAUCAGUGGAGGAAGUACAACAACGAAACGUUGCCCCCAAAGUUCGCCUGCUGUUUUUGUACCUGUAAAUAGAAAACCUGAGAUACGAGCAGCAAGAUUGAAAUUGCCCGUUGUCGCGGAAGAACAAGUUAUAGUUGAGACAAUAAAUGAGAAUCCAAUAGUCAUAAUUAUGGGAGAGACGGGAAGUGGUAAGUAAGAUUAUUAUAAUUAACAGCAGUGAAAGAUAUCAGAUUUCGUUAAUUUUUGGGAGAACGUUAUGAUAAUAUUAGGCUAAGCACAAUUUUUUUUAGUGACUUCUCUUUUGUUUAAUUAUUCAAUUCCGUCGCAGGGAAGACAA